AUCACUUGUUUAAAAGAUAUAAAAAUUUCUGUGCUGAAUUGUAAUUAAAAUAUUUAAUCAUUUCAUAUUAAGUGAGGUUAUAAGCCUAUAGUCAUAGCAACUUAAUUACAUGACUUCUGAGGUACACAAAUUAUAAAUAUUUAGAAAUAAAAACUUUUUUAGUUAUAGUUAAUAUGUCACGUACUACUCGAAAACUAAAAACACCAACAGUUUUAGAACCAGAGGAUAUUAUUGAUUUAACCCAAGAUUCUCCUAAUGUAGCUUUUACUUUACCAAGAACUAGUAUUGAAGAAUUAUCUUUAGAAUCUGAAAAUAUUGAACCAAUAAAUAAAAGACCAAGAAAAAGGCAAAAAUUUUUUAAAAAUUCUUCUGUCAUCAUUCAUUUAGAUGAGACUAUAAAUUUAGAUGAUUCUUCAAAUAAUACGAAUAUAACGAAACAAAUACCAGUAUUAGCAAAAACAGAAAAUAAAUCAAUUUUAAGUUGUCCUAUAUGUUUGGAUAAUUUAUCAGAUGAAAAUAUUAAAACAAUGUCAACUCCAUGUGGCCAUGUAUUCUGUUUAGAAUGUUUAAAAGCUAUUACUCAAACGAAGAGUAAAUGUUCGAUUUGUCAAAGACCAAUUAAGUUUUCAAAAUGUAUUCGUCUUCAUAUUUAAAUAUUUUAAAUAAAAAAGUACUUUA